UGAACAAGUCUCAUCCUGUUCCUUAAUCCUCUCUCUCUUUCUGUCUCUCCCUCCCUCCCUCUUUCUCUGCCCCUCUCGCUCUCUCUGUAAUGCCGCGGUUUAUCAGGAUGUGUUGUAGCAGUGUGUUUGAGAGAGUCUGAUAUAAAACACUAAGGCAGUGGUAGCAUUCAGUGCCGCUUAAGCUUUGUCCCUCUGAAAGGACUGCACCUCGAACUCUGCACGCAACAGCAAGAGAUUAGGACUGAUCGCAAAUGAUCCUUCUGAACUGAAUCUGAGCAGUCACUGAAUUAUGAGAUUGCUUCACUCUUUGUCUGGAUUAAUUCGUGUUUAAUCGUAGUUUGCUUUUCCUUCCUUUUCCUUUGUCUUCAAAUAUAAGCUUGCUCUCUGGUCAUGGGGUCUAUAAUUUCAUUUUUGCAUAGGCUGGUGAGGGGUUUCCCUGUAUUGUAAAGCGGAUGCCAGGUGGAUCUAUGGUCUCAAACGACAAAAUACCAAGCGAAGGGAAAACAGUGGAACUUUAAGAUCAAGGAGAAUGCAGGCUACGUGUUGGUUCGCUGUCCUUCUCCUUAUACCUGCCAUCUACCUGGUUACAUGCACUCAUGCUACCAGCGCAGGAAAAUCAGAACUUCUUAAAUCAGGAAGCCCUAAAUCUACAUUAAAACACAUAUGGACAGAAAGCAAUAAAGACUUGUCCAUCAGUCGACUGUUAUCACAGACUCUACAUGGCAAAGAAAAUGCCACUGCUUUGGACCUGCGGUACGAUACCCCAGAACCUUAUUCUGAGCAGGACCUCUGGGACUGGCUGAGAAACUCUACAGAACUUCAGGAACCCCGGCCCAGAGCCAAAAGAAGACCGAUUGUCAAAACAGGGAAGUUUAAGAAAAUGUUUGGCUGGGGGGAUUUUCAUUCUAACAUUAAAACUGUCAAGCUCAACCUGCUGAUAACAGGGAAGAUUGUGGAUCACGGGAAUGGGACUUUCAGCGUGUACUUUCGCCACAACUCCACCGGCCAGGGGAAUGUAUCUGUGAGCCUCGUGCCCCCGACCAAGAUUGUUGAAUUCGAUCUGGCACAGCAGACUGUCAUUGAUGCCAAAGACUCCAAGUCUUUCAACUGCCGAAUUGAGUACGAAAAGGUUGACAAGGCCACCAAGAACACACUUUGCAACUACGACCCAUCCAAAACAUGCUACCAGGAGCAGACCCAGAGCCAUGUGUCAUGGCUGUGCUCCAAGCCGUUCAAAGUGAUCUGCAUUUACAUUUCCUUUUACAGCACUGAUUACAAACUAGUGCAAAAAGUCUGCCCUGAUUACAACUACCACAGUGACACUCCUUACUUCCCAUCAGGCUGAUGGCUCCACGAUCUGCGUGCUACAAAAGUCACUCAAGAGGGCUGCUGCCCCCGGAGAAUCGACUAUUUGUACUGUCCUGAAUGUGUCCACGAUGGAAUGGCGAUGAUAGAACACGCUAUUAUUUCAAAUUCAGAAUUCCUGCCAGAAAAAAAGCAAAACAGACAAAUUGGUAGCAAGGCGUAUUGCAAGAAUGUCCAUUAUGAAUGACAGGAACACUGGGAACCGAGACUAAUUAUAUUCCCAGUAAUACAUACAGUACUGGCCUGGCCAUUAGUAACGUACAGUAUGCUUCUCAACAUAAAAUAAUCAGUGUCUCAGUUUCUCAUAUGAACAACAGUGCUAACAAUAUAACAGAAUGUGACACAUGAGAUAUAUAUUCAAAUGAAAUACACUGCAAAGUAUUUGUCUUUAUUUCUUGUUCUUAUUUGACAUGAUUCCUUUAUAUGUAGAUCUUGUAUCAUUUAUAGCUAGUGGAUGUCCCACCCUUAGAACCCUAAUUCUGCUUGUUUGAGAUGUCUAGAUAUUUCAUAAUUACUGUAUAAUUUGGGUUUUUUUUUACAAAAGCACUUAGUCAACAGCAAGGUGCUAAAUGCAAUCCUAGAGUGCACUCACUCAUGCUUUUCCUCGCGGCGCUCUCAGUGGGUUGUUGUUAUCAGUGUCCUUAAUACCACUUUCACAGAUUCAUUGAGGAUAAAGGCAGUCAUUCACUCCUGCAAGUGAAGACCUCCAGUGUAGUUCUUAUUUCUAAAAGUUUUGAUCAAAUGUGAUAACGCGAAGUAAAACAGUAUGCAUUCCGCAGAUAAGUAGACACAUUCAAGGCAUUGAGCGUGGCACCCUUUCCUGGAAAGUGCACAUCUCUUGGUGAGCAAGCCUUUUCAUUUGCCAUGUUUUAUAAACCAUUUUCCAUAUCUCAGAAACACUCUCAGGCUGCUGACAUUUUUGCUUUGAAACCCUGGCUUGACAUUUUAGAUGAUGAGAUUUUUAAUUUCGUCUUAGUUUUGAACGUGGUCAUUAUAAAAGGUUUGCUCACCUUUACUAUAUAAAUGUAAUGACUUCUAUAUCCUAGGCUUAAUUUGUAUGAAUGGUUUGUAUUGUAUAUAGUUUAUCCUGUGUUAAUUGAGCUGCUUCUGAAUAUUCUCUUGUAUCUGUCAUUUCUCCCUUUCUCUUUCCUGUUCUUUCUGCUUGUUAUUGGUUAACACUAACAAAGGAAAUGACUGACAUUUAUCAAUGUAGAUGUGGGCUCUAUGAAACAGACUUAUGUACAAAGCAGUAAAUCUGUCUAAAAAUAUAAUUAUAAAAAUAAUAGUCAUCUGUAUUAAGGCAUUUUAUUUCUGAGGGAAAAAGGAGAU